AUGGUCCGGCCGAAUUUCCUCCCUGGACUUCAUGGCAGCCUCCAAAGCAGGGAUGGACGAGGGGCAUUUAUCAUGCACCGAUGCCAUGGAGUAACGACCGAUAUUACCCCGGAUGCCAGUCGUGCUGUAACCAAAAUGAAGGCCACAAUCACCCAGCGAUUCACAAUCAACGGAAUCGAAGUGGAUGCGGAGGCAGACUGCCGUUUUUGUUUCUUCGAGAAGCUUGACGGGCGCUGGGGUGCGCGAUUCGUGCGAUAUUGGUAUGAGAAGGAUAAGCUGUUGCCCGUGAUUCCAAAUCUGGUCCCCGACAUGGACGUGGAGAAGCUCAACUCUUAUCCGGAGGGAUAUAAGUGUCUGGCAUAUUGUCAGGAGCUUACUAUGGGGGGUUACGGUGCUGAGGAAUAUGCCUCAUCAUCGUCGCCAUGCUAG